GACAAUAAGUGAUGCUAUACAGAUUUAUCUUCAUCAAGAGACGGUGCUGUCAUCAGUUUCAAAAUCUUUGAGUAUAACCUGACCAAAAAUUGAAGAAGGCAUGCCUCUCACUGAAGAGCAAAAGCAGCAUUGGCUGGAACACGGCUUCAUCAAGAUCCCUCAAUGUUUCACUAAGCAAGAUGCCGACAACUGGACAGCCUCCAUCUGGGCUCGCCUGGGCAUCUCUCCGACGGACAAGUCUACUUGGAAUAGUGAACGAGUCAACAUGCCAGGUCAUACAGUUGUUGACGUGAAAGACUUCGCGCCCAAGGCGUGGGAUGCGAUCUGUGAGCUCGUCGGCGGGGAAGACCGGGUAACGGAUUGGUGCAAAGGCUGGCGAGACUCGUGGAUCAUCAAUCUCGGUAGGCCAGAAUACAAGCCUGAUGACCCAUUGGACUUCCGCACCUUGGACAACUGGCAUAAUGAUGGAGACUGGUUCACGCAUUUCCUGGAUAGCGGGGAGCAAGCGCUCUUGGUGAUUCCCCUAUUCAGCGAUAUCAGACCCAGGGGAGGUGGAACUGUUUUAUGCACUGAUGGAAUUGGCCUUGUAGCUAAGCAUCUGUACGACCACCCCGAAGGAACAUGGCCAUCGCUCGCAUCCCGCUCGGGUCCAAACCAUCCACCUCCAGAGGGAGGCAAGCAGUGGAGAGACUGGGUGAGAGAUCCUCAACUCACACGGGCAGAGUCCUUCCACGAAGCCACCGGACAAGCAGGCGACGUCUACCUCCUUCACCCGUUCAUGUUGCAUUCUGCCUCGCGCAAUCUCCUGCGUGAACUCCGGAUCAUCACCAACCCUCCAGUCUCUCUCAAAGAGCCCUUCAACUACAACCGACCUGACGGUAAAUACAGUCUUGUAGAACAGAAGACUCUGAAGGACCUGGGGCGACCAGAGGGCUUGUCGGAGUGGAAGAUUACAAGGGAGAGGGAGAUGCUUACUCCCGCGCGUGUGCAGAUACAGGAAGACAUGCGCCAGAAGGAGUUGGAACGAUUGAAACAGGCGGGAUCUUCUGUCACGAAGCUGGGAACGGCCAAGCCACUCGAGUCGCACUAUCCAUCAUGAUGAGCCGCUAUUGAGAGCUUUUUCGUAUAAGUACUCUUACGGCCGGUGAAGAUGAAAGUCAGGCAUAAUGUGGUGAACACUCUCAGUUGUGCUUCUGUUUCAAGACUCGAGUCACUGCAGGACGCCAGAAUUUGUGUCGUCAUUGCAGAGGAAAUAUACGCUCUUAGUUACUGC